UGAGGAGAGAGCUGUAGACUAACUUAACCCAUUCCUUUUCCAAGAUCAGGAAAAUAUCACACUAACAGCUUGGACAUUGUAAGCCACAGAAGAGUUGGAGACUGGCAUUGAAAGAAGGUGUUCUGCAGCAGAUUUUCUUUUCUAAAGAAGUUUACUCCUACAAGAGGGAAUCUGAAAAAUGACAGGGGCAAGGAGGAAAAAGAAAAGCAUGCUCUGGAGGAGGGUGCAUGCUCCCCACUGCAAAGAUAUUAAACAGUGGUGUAGAAGGCGUCUACCGAUUUUGGAAUGGGCACCACAUUACAAUCUGCAAGAAAACUUGCUGCCAGAUGCCGUGUCUGGGAUAAUGUUGGCAGUUCAACAGGUGACACAAGGGUUGUCCUUUGCCAUUCUCUCAUCUGUACACCCAGUGUUUGGUUUAUAUGGGUCUCUGUUUCCUGCAAUCAUUUAUGCCAUAUUUGGAAUGGGACGUCAUGUUGCUACAGGCACCUUUGCCUUAACAUCCUUAAUAUCAGCCAAUGCAGUGGAACGGCUUGUCCCUCAGAGCAACUGGAACCUCACCACGCAGAGUAACGCGAGUGUGUUGGGCUUGUCUGAAUUUGAGGCGCGACGCAUUGGAGUUGCCGCAGCAGUUUCCUUCUUGGGAGGAGUGAUUCAGCUGGCCAUGUUUGUGCUGCAACUGGGCAGUGCCACUUUCCUGCUUACAGAGCCUGUGAUCAGCGCAAUGACAACUGGGGCUGCCACUCAUGUUGUGACUUCACAAGUCAAAUAUCUUUUGGGAAUGAAAAUGCCAUAUAUCUCUGGACCACUUGGGUUCUUUUACAUUUAUGCGUAUGUCUUUGAAAACAUCAAGUUGGUCCGACUGGAGGCUCUGCUCCUAUCCUUGCUGAGCAUCGUGGUACUUGUUCUUGUUAAAGAGCUGAACGAACAGUUUAAGAGGAAAAUUAAAGUUGUUCUUCCUGUUGAUUUAGUUUUGAUUAUUGCUGCAUCGUUUGCUUGUUAUUGUACCAAUAUGGAAAACACAUAUGGAUUAGAAGUAGUUGGUCAUAUUCCAAAAGGAAUUCCUUCCCCAAGGGCUCCCCCGAUGAACAUCCUCUCUGCAGUCCUCACCGAAGCUUUCGGAGUGGCACUUGUUGGCUACGUGGCCUCUCUGGCUCUUGCUCAAGGAUCUGCCAAAAAAUUCAAAUAUUCAGUUGAUGACAACCAGGAACUUUUGGCCCAUGGCCUCAGCAACGUGAUUCCUUCAUUUUUCUUCUGUAUACCGAGUGCUGCUGCCAUGGGCAGGACCGCUGGCCUGUACAGCACGGGAGCUAAGACACAGGUGGCUUGUCUAAUAUCUUGCGUCUUCGUCCUUAUUGUCAUCUAUGCAAUAGGACCUUUGCUUUACUGGCUUCCCAUGUGUGUGCUUGCAAGUGUUAUUGUUGUGGGGCUGAAGGGAAUGCUAAUACAGUUCCGGGACUUAAAAAAAUAUUGGAAUGUGGAUAAAAUCGAUUGGGGCAUAUGGGUCAGCACCUAUGUAUUUACAAUAUGUUUUGCUGCCAAUGUGGGACUGCUGUUUGGUGUUGUCUGCACUGUAGCUAUAGUGAUUGGACGCUUCCCAAGAGCAAAGACUCUGAGUAUAAAAAACAUGAAAGAAACAGAAUUUAAAGUGAAGACAGAAAUGGAUGGUGAAACCCUACAACAAGUGAAAAUUAUCUCAAUUAACAACCCACUUGUUUUCCUGAAUGCAAAGAAAUUUCAUACUGAUCUAAUGAACGUAAUUCAAAAGGAAAAUGCCGGCAACCAGCCACUUGAUGAUAUCAGCAAGUGUGAACAAAACACAUUGCUCAAUUCUCUAUCCAAUGGCACCUGCAAUGAAGAAGCUUCGCAGUCCUGCCCUACUGAGAAAUGUUCUUUCAUCCUGGACUGCAGUGGAUUGACCUUUUUUGACUAUUCUGGAGUCUCCAUGCUUGCUGAGGUUUACAUGGACUGUAAGAGCAGGAGUGUGGAUGUUUUAUUAGCCCAUUGCACAGCUUCCUUGAUAAAAGCAAUGCAGUACUGUGCAACUCUAGACUCAGAGAGACCCAUCUUUUUUGAAUCAGUAUCUGCUGCAAUAAGUACUAUCCAUUCAAGUAAGAAUUUGAGCAAACUCAGUGACCACAGUGAAGUCUGAGACCCUCUUGCUGCGGUACAGCUCCUGUGUUUAGCAACUGUCCUGAAGAGACCAUCCUCUCGCAUUUUGCAUGACCUUUUCUGUUGUUUAGAUACUACAGGUGACCAUUUGUACAACAAGAUAAUGUGACUUAAUAAACACGGAGCCACUGGUCAAGGUUUGCCAACAGUUGUUUCCUAAUCUUUGUUAGUAAGCAGGUUCAUUUAGUAGACUAUUGUAUAGUUGUUUUAUAUACAACUUUGGUAUGCAUUUAGUUUUAGUGUACUGAAAGGUAAACAUGGUUUUUCCCCCUUUUACCAAGGUAUUUUGUAUUGUUUUAUUACUAUUUUGUUGUAAGUAUCUUUGUCAUAAGAUAAAAGAUUUGGAAUAUUUGCAAGCCAUUUGUAAAAAAAAUCCAGGGUGGUCUGCAAAUAAUACAUAAAAACAAUUUAGCAAACUUGCCAUUUUCCCCUACAAAGAAAAUUCAUUAAAUAUCAGCGAGGUCAAAUAUUGAUCU